GCUAACACACAUGCUAACACACAGCAGCUUGUAAGCGAGCACAGACAACCUCCCUCUCCACAGCAGCGGGUUAAGAAUUGUAUGUGUGUGUUUAAGAUGUGUACGCGGACGUGUAGCUCUGUGUGGCGGAAUAUCUUCAGCAGAAAUACGUUUGUUCGCCUAACAAACAGGGACGGUCCUGAAUGCUAACCUCAUGUGCGCAGCGUCCCACCGUUUGAAGGACGAACAUAUUUUGUUGUUGUACAUCACCUGACUUGUAGGUACGUUUCAUUUAUGUAUGUCCAGAGCUGUGUUUGUGUGAGUGAUUCGCCUACAGUAUAGCUGAUAAAUUCAAGCAGCAGCAGGUGAAUUAAUCAGCUUUUCGCACAAGUCAUGAAGGAGGUAUUGCGGAAGCUGCACAGCGUCUUUUUAAAGCUCGCCCUGUUUCCGGGCUCACUGGGCCGGGCCGGCAGGACGGGUCCGCGGCCGGCUGCCUCUGAGGUGCUCACUUGCCACCUGCUGCAGCGGAAACUCCCGCCGUGGACUUCAUUCUGUGUCCGCUACAGCUCCGUCCACAAUGACCAGUUUGGACGGUCCAACUUCAACUGGAGAGUUCAGGGAUCCAACUACCACAUACUGCGAACAGGCUGCUUCCCCUUCAUAAAAUAUCACUGCACCAAAGCGCCUCCACAGAACCUGGACUUCGAGGACAAAUUUUUCACUUUGCUGAAAGUUAUUAAUCUAGGCAUCCCGUGUUUGGCCUAUGGCAUUGGUUGCUGGAUGGUGGUGGGAGCUGCAGAAACAGUGCAGACAAGUGCUGGACCUGUUACAGUCUAUUUUGCCUACAAAGAAGAAGAAGGUGCGCAGUACUAAACUAUGAACAAAACACUCUAUCCAGUGUGUUUUCUAGAGACUCUUUUCUGCCAAACUUCUCUAUUUACAACUAGGGGUGUCCUGAACGAGUGUUUUUACCCCAAUCCCAAUUCUGAUCCAUGUCAUUUGAUAUCUGCGGAUGUUGAAUCCUGAUCCAAUUGAUGAUUUAACUGGAUAAUACAGCUGCACAGUGCACACUUCAAGUACUUUAAAGUUAUUAAAACCAAUCCAGUGUUUAUGUAUGACAGUUUAAUAGCUCUGCAAUACAAUACAAGAAAGAUAUCUGCAUCCAAACAGUUCCUUAAGGUUUACUUUUAUGUUAUUUUUACAAGAAAAAACAUUGUAAACAAACUAAAAUGCUUUUAUAUGGCUACUGUCACAGUUCUACAUAAUGCUGUAUUUGCUCUUCCAACAAAACAAAUGUAUCAACAAUGUAUCUUCAGAAAUUGCUCUCAAAUCCACUUAAUAUAGCACAGUGAUAAACAUACAGAGCGCUAUAGCUGAGAAAUAUAACAGUUCCACUCCAAAGUAGUGUUACAGCUAAACUUUAACAUUCACACUCACAACAAGAAAAAAUAGUAACAAUCUUAUAAUUACAGCAUUAGAGUAAGACUAAUUCACUAAAAGUGAAAUAUAAAAAUGCAUGCUCAGAAUAACCAAUCUCGAUCAGUUAAAAAUUUUGUUUAUCGGGCCCAAUACAAAUCUGAUCUGGACAUCCCUAUAUACAACAGUUCCCCAGCUGAUGUUCUGGUGGACCUGUUGACAGAAGUACCAUCUUGUGUCACUGGUGCUACUAUUGUCUGACUGCACAGGUUCAUCUGUGUUUAAUUAUUUAAGAUUUAGAAGUUUCAGCAGAGGACUCAGUUAUGCAUGUUAUUAUGCUGACACACAAUACUGACAGUGUUUGUUUGGAAAGCUGACUUUCCAUUAAAGUUUAAUGGAAGUUCCUGGAUGUUUUCAAAGCUUUGUUCAGGAGUGUUGCAUCAGCCUCCACUGUGUACGUCUUCAGAUUUCAUUGUAAAAGUAUAUUUUUGCAACAAAUAUUAAAGUGUGUGAAAUGA